UCACUUAUAGACCCUUCAAUAACCGAGAAUUUGCUGAAAUUGUCUUUUGUGCAAUCCUGUCUACCGAACAAGUCAGAGGAUAUGGGGCUCAUCUCAUGAACCACUUGAAAGAUUACGUACGGGCCACUUCCCCCAUCAAGUAUUUUUUAACAUAUGCGGAUAACUAUGCCAUUGGAUACUUCAAAAAGCAAGGGUUCACCAAGGAAAUAACCCUAGAUAAGUCGGUAUGGAUGGGAUAUAUCAAGGAUUAUGAAGGUGGUACAUUGAUGCAGUGUUCGAUGUUGCCGAGUCUCUUAAGAUACUUGGACCUGGGAAAAAUUCUUUUACUUCAACGAGCUGCCAUUGAGAAGAAAAUCAAAGAGCGAUCCAAAUCUCAUGUGGUGCGUUCUGGACUCCAGAUAUUUAAGACCAAAAAAGAUAUCUCCCUUAAAUAUGAGGAUAUCCCCGGACUCAUCGAAGCUGGUUGGCUGGAGGAAAUGGAUAAGAUUGCUCAGAAACCCAAGAGAGGCCCUCACUAUAACUUCAUGGUAACAGUAUUGUCAGAGCUCCAGAAUCACCCAUCAGCAUGGCCAUUUGCAACCGCAGUCAACAAAGAUGAGGUGGGAGACUACUAUGACGUGAUCAAGGAGCCAAUGGAUUUGUCCACCAUGGAACUGAAGCUUGAAAACGACAAGUACGAAUCAUUUGACCAAUUCCUUUAUGAUGCAAAGUUAAUUUUCAACAAUUGUAGGUCCUAUAAUGCUGAGUCCACCACAUAUUGGAAAAACGCCAAUAAAUUGGAGAAGUUCUUGACCAAUAAGAUCAAAGAGUCUCCUGAUUAUCAGCACUUCCUAGAUGUAUAACUAGAUACGAACCCUUGUAUAUGUAUUGUAUAUUAAUGAACCUAUGAUGAGGCUAGAGCUCACGGU